AUGCGACUCGUCUACCUCCUUCUCCCCCUAAGCCUGGGGCUACCAAUCACAAUUCCCGUCGAUGGAACAGAAGUAUACCAACUCCAACACCCUGAACAUCACCGGCAGCAACAACAACAACAGACAAUCCUCGCACAAAACCGCUCAGACCAGGACCAACCUCAAAUCCAACCUAGCUCAAGCUCCCACGGCUCAUUUAUCAAUCUCAACCUCACCCGCCACAAGCUCAAGCCCAACCACUACCACCAGAAGAACACUACCAAUCAAUCAACCGACAAAAUCCUCCAAGCAUAUCUCCACACCCUGCACACCUCCCACUUCUGCGCGCACACCCUCUCGCAAUACGCCCCCGAGCUCCUCGCCCUUGCGCUCUUCUCCCUCCUCCCACUAGCCCUCUGCAUCCUCGCCCUCUCAGAGCGCAUCGCCCGCUCCUGGACCGUCGAGGCGUAUCCCGAGCGCGGGCGCAGUAGACGCCGGUUUCUGGGGCGGGAGAGGCGAUGUCUGAUGCAGGCGAGGAGGGAGAGGGAGAAAAGGGCUGCGCUUGAGAGGGUGUGGUGGAUUGCGGAGCGAGAGCGUUGA